AUGGACGAGAGGCCUUCAUCAACUAAGCUGAGAGCAUCUGAAAUCGUGAAAAAAUGUAGUGGAGAACGCACGCGGUGCCCUCGGCCACCAGCAAGCAGUGGAAGACUCACCGAAUACGAGUUUAGAAACAUAGAAUGGAUAACUUGCAAGGACUUUACAAUUGAACUGGGAAAAGUGCGAAUCGAGGAGUACAUCCACACAUGGGAGGUGCACACCAGCUGGCUUUUUAGCCUAGUAUUCCUCGAGGAGACGGAUCAUGAGUUUCACAAACAGUACCACUACCGGGCACAAUGGAGCAUCCCCACCCGACACUUUGCCCGUGGAGGUGUACUUUCUAGUGAGUCGAACAGGCUGACACACAGGCCAGGGGAAACGAGGUUCAGGGAGAAGUGGUUGAAAGACGUCAUCGAGAGCAAAACGUUGCUCCAGAACUGUCGACUUUUAGCAAU